UUAAUUAUGAAAAACUAAGGGGCUCGAUUUGUAUUUCAGGUAACUUUUGGGACGGCCGGAGUCGACGGAGUAUUUGAACAGAGUCUCCUAUUUUUCGAUUUUUGUUCUGUAGCCUCUGUCGAUAACGCGAUUGAGAUCCGAUUGCGUUCGAAUUCCCGAAGAAUAAUUUCCCGGGAAAAAAUUUCACGAGCCACAUGGAAUCUUGCCCUUCCAUUAAAAACAUUCUUCUUUUAGAUUCCGAAGGGAAGCGUGUAGCUGUUAAGUAUUAUUCGGAUGACUGGCCUACAAAUAGCACAAAGGAAGCAUUUGAGAAAGCUGUUUUCACCAAAACUCAGAAGACAAAUGCUCGAACAGAGGCGGAGAUUGCAAUGUUUGAGAACAAUAUAGUGGUUUACAAGUUUGUUCAAGACCUUCACUUUUUUGUCACGGGUGGAGAAGAUGAAAAUGAGCUCAUUUUAGCGUCCGUUCUUCAGGGAUUUUUUGAUGCUGUGGGCCUUCUUCUUAGGGGUAAUGUAGAAAAGAAGGAGGCACUUGAGAACUUGGACCUCAUUUUACUAUGUCUUGAUGAAAUUAUCGACGGAGGCAUUAUUCUCGAGACCGAUGCAAACGUCAUUGCAGGGAAGGUCGCAAGUCACAGUAUUGACAGUGGUGCUCCUUUGUCCGAGCAGACAAUAAGUCAAGCAUUAGCCACAGCUCGAGAACAUCUAGCAAGAUCUCUUCUUAAGUAACAAGUUUGCCUGAAAAAAGAGUGGGAAGGACAAUGACCCUUCCACCAAAAACAAGGGGGAAAAGAAAAAAUCAGGUUUAGUUCAUCUGUGGUGUGUGUUUUGGUAAAAGAUGAUUAAUGUUUGAGUUAUUAGUAGCCUCAUGUUUAUAUUAUAUAUUCAGCUCAUACUCUCUGCUGCAUGCAUGCCUUUGGGUAAACCUGAUUUUGGAUUUGAGGGGAUGUUUGUGCACUGCGGGACUGGUGUCAAAUGUUUAUUAUAUGUGUGUUUUCUUUUUU